GUCAUGGAGAACAAGGAGCUGAAGCAUCAACAUAUGAGAUACUGUGUUGAACGUCCGGUGUUUCACGAACAAGAAAUUGGGCAUUCACAGCCCAGGUCCACUAAUACCAUACAGUCCCUUGUCGGUGCAGCCAAACUUAAAGUCAGAUGUUCUAGGUCAAAAGCAAAAGCCCUGUUGUUCCAAUUCCUCCCGAUUCUCCACUGGCUGCCUCACUACCCAUUGAAGGAAUGGCUUCUGGGAGAUAUUGUGUCCGGGAUCAGCGUGGGGAUCCUUCAGCUUCCACAAGGUUUGGCAUAUGCUCUUCUGGCUGGAGUGCCCCCUGUUUUUGGAUUAUAUUCCUCCUUCUUCCCAGUGUUUGUCUACUCUUUUUUUGGUACAUCUAGGCACAUUUCAGUGGGCUCAUUUGCUGUGGUCUCCAUCAUGAUCGGCAGUGUCACUGAGUCUCUGGUACCAAAUGACAACUUUAUAUUGCCGGGAAAUGAAACUGUCAUUGAUACCACAGCAAGAGACAAAGCCAGAGUGGAGCUGGUGGCUGCAAUGUCAUUACUGGUGGGGUUAUUCCAGGUUAUCCUGGGCCUUGUGCAAUUUGGGUUUGUGGUCACUUACCUCUCAGAGCCGCUAAUCCGAGGGUAUACCACUGCUGCUACUAUUCACGUGACCGUGUCCCAACUGAAGCAUAUAUUUGGCCUCCCUCUAAGUGAACGGUCACAUCCUCUGUCGCUGAUUUAUUCUUUAGUCAGUUUGUUCAGCAGAAUCCACAAGACGAAUAUUGGCACGCUUGUUGUGAGCCUUAUUGCUCUAAUAAUACUGUUUGCUGUUAAAGAAGUCAACCAGAGGUUCCAAUCCCACUUAUUUAUGCCCAUACCUAUAGAGCUGGUGGUGCUCAUCAUUUCUACUGCAGUAUCAUAUGGAGUGAAUCUUUAUGGAAAUUAUGGCGUAGGCAUUGUGGGGGAUAUUCCUACUGGGCUCAUAGCUCCAACAGUGCCUAAUGUUGAAUUUUUUGUACAUAUUGCUGGAAAUGCCUUUGCCAUUGCUGUGGUUGGCUAUACUAUUAGUAUAUCUUUGGCUAAAAUGUUUGCAAUGAAGCAUAGAUAUAAGGUGGACAGUAACCAGGAGCUGAUUGCGCUUGGAUUAAGUAAUAUCACUGGCAGCUUCUUCCAUUGUUUUGCUGUCACCUCAUCCAUGUCCAGGAGUCUUGUACAGGACAGUACAGGAGGAAACACUCAGAUUGCAGGAUCCAUAUCUUCGGUCAUUAUUUUGGUGAUUAUUCUCAAGGCAGGCGAACUCUUUACAUGUCUUCCUAGGGCAAUUCUGUCAGCUAUUGUCAUUGCCAACCUGAAGGGCAUGUACAAGCAGUUUUUGGAUAUACCUCUCCUAUGGCGGACUAACAAGUAUGAUUUGCUUAUAUGGAUUGUGACCUUCCUGUCGACCAUCUGCCUGAACCUGGACAUUGGACUGGCUGUCUCUGUCGUAUUUGGAUUGUUCACAGUAACUUUCAGGAAUCAGUUGCCUCAUUACUCCAUUCUGGGACAGGUUGUUGAAUCUGAUAUCUACAGGGAUGCAGAAGAAAAUACAUUGGCCAAAGAGAUCCCUGGCAUGAAGAUUUUUCAGACAAGCUCACCGAUUUACUUUGCCAAUGCAGAACUGUAUGCAAAAGCCUUAAAGAUGAAGAUUGGAGUAAAUGUGGACAAACUGAUAGAGAAGAAGAAGAAAGCCAUUCAGAAGAGAAAGGAGGGCCUGCAGAAAGUCAUCAACCUGGCCAAAAUGAUUCUGGCUAAAACACAAAAGGGAAUCGGAUUGGAUUUUUUGACAAACAAAGAAGAGGUUAUUGGAAGCCUGAAGACUCUGAGUGAGUCCAUUCCACAGAGUCCAGUUACCCUCUGCUCUUUAGGUUUGGAAAAACUUGACUUCCACUCCUUAAUAUUGGACUUUUCAGCUGUCAGUUUCAUAGACACAGUUGGAACAAAAAUCUUAAAAAAUAUUUUCAAGGAAUUUCAAGAGGUUGAAGUAUAUGUAUAUAUUGUAAACUGUUCCUCCUCUGUGCUACAACAGCUUGAGAACAGCAAUUUCUUCAACGGAAACAUCACAAGAGACUCAAUUUUUGCUUCAAUCCACGACGCAGUUUCGUACAUUUCCAGUGGGCAAAACAGCGAGUCCAGCUCUUUAUCAGAAAUAACUGCAAUAUGACCUGGAUUAUACUCUGGAGUCUAUAAGGUCACCAAACUACUGAGAUGGGUGCAAGAUGUAUAUGGGUUUACAUAUUGUGUUCUAGCAGUGACCCUUUCUUCUGUAUAGAACCUAUGUAAGCACUUAGGGAUGCGACACAAAACUUUUACAGAAUACAGUCCAACUGUAGAUGAACAUAAGUGGCACACACCAUUUGUUCUGUAGCCUUUUUUCAUUCAACAACAUGAAGAUGAAAUCCCUGACUGCCAUUUGACAUGUCCACAUGUUUCCUCAAGGCCUUGACACAUUUUCUGGCUCUUUU